UUGGUGUUUCGCAGUCGUCGUCGUCAUUCGACUCUUUCCCUUUUCGAUUCCUUUCAUGGACUGGCUACCUUCCCUGAAUCUAUCUAGCCUUUCCUUCGACGACUUCUUGACACACUCUUCUCCCGUGGCCCGUAAUUCUGGCCUGCCUUCUUCGCAUUCUUAUGCCGCUCAGAGCUUCCUUCCUGCCGCGAGGGAAGUGGUGUUGUUUCCCUGCGGUUUGUUGCUAGGGCUCGUUGUCGUCAGUUGGAGGUGGUAGAGUGUGAGAAGAGUUGUUGGCGGUUGUGGAGAAGAGUGUGACGAGUGAGCGAGGAUGAACGCAAUGGCUACAAUGGCUUCAGGGCAGGCAGGGUCACUGCAAUCGUUGGGCGGCGGAACGAGGGCGUCAGGCAGGCACGGCGAGAAGGCCGCCUUUUUGGACACCGUGGGCGGGUUGCGUCUUUGUAAGGCCAACUCUGUUCGCCUCACAGAUGUUGGCCUUCCGGUGUCUCUUUCACGGAAUCGGAAGCUCGAGGUGCGAGCGGGAGCUGGUAAUACUUACGGUACUGUAUUCCGUGUGACGACUUUCGGGGAGUCACAUGGCGGAGGAGUCGGGUGCAUUAUUGAUGGAUGCCCUCCCCGGUUGCCUCUUUCGGAAGAAGAUAUGCAAAUCGACCUUGACAGAAGGAGGCCAGGGCAGAGCAGAAUUACAACCCCUCGGAGUGAAACAGACACUUGCAAAAUUCUUUCAGGCGUUGGAAACGGACUUACACUCGGAACGCCCAUUGCUGUCACCGUUCCCAACACAGACCAGCGGGGAGGGGAUUACUCUGAAAUUAGCGUGGCUUACCGUCCUAGCCACGCAGACGCCACUUACGACUUCAAAUACGGAGUCCGCGCAAUCCAGGGUGGAGGUAGGUCAUCGGCUAGAGAGACAAUUGGCAGAGUAGCUGCUGGAGCAGUCGCCAAGAAACUGCUCAAAAUGAAAGCCGGUACAGAGGUUCUGGCUUAUGUAUCAAGGGUUCAUGGAGUUGAGGUCCCUGAGGGCCUCAUUGACCACGACAGUCUAACUCUGGAGCAAAUUGAGAACAACAUCGUGCGGUGUCCGAAUGAGGAGCACGCUCAGAAAAUGAUCGACGCCAUUGACGCUGUCCGCGUCAAAGGAGAUUCUGUUGGAGGAGUUGUGACCUGCAUAGCCAGAAAUGUCCCUAAGGGUUUGGGCUCUCCAGUGUUCGAUAAGCUGGAAGCUGAGUUGGCCAAGGCUGUCAUGUCUCUUCCGGCCACCAAAGGAUUCGAGAUUGGAAGCGGUUUUGCUGGAUCACUCCAGCGUGGUUCGGAGCACAACGAUGAGUUCUAUGUUGACGAACAUAAUAAUGUGCGAACUCGCACCAACAGAUCUGGAGGAGUUCAAGGGGGGAUCUCCAACGGGGAGAUGAUAGUGCUUCGGAUUGCAUUCAAGCCCACUUCUACCAUCACGCAAAAGCAGAAAACUGUCACCCGCGACAAGCAGGAGACAGAGCUGCGGGCGCGUGGGCGUCACGAUCCGUGUGUUGUCCCACGAGCGGUACCGAUGGUGGAGGCCAUGGUUGCUUUGGUGCUUGCAGAUGCAUUGCUGCAGCAUUAUGCACAAUGUCAGAUACUGCCUAUGGACCCUGUACUUCAGGGUAACGAGUUACCGAAGGACGUGAGGCAUGCAACGCUAGCCGAGCAAGCAGCUCUUUACAGUGAACACUAAAUUCUAUUUGCCUGCCUUACUAGGAGUUAUUUAUGUACUCCAUUUGUAAAACUGCAAACAUUAGCACUCGAGAUGGAUUAUUUAUUGGAACUUCUGAGUUAAUUUACAGAAAGAGGUGAGUUUGUCAUUCUAGAUUAAGAUGCAAAUAAUCCUGGAGGUCUAUUAGCUUCUAGUUCAGUUAGGUCUUAAAAAUAAUUCUAUGGUUCUUGUAGGAUCUAAUACUGUGUUUUAAAAGCAUGGGCAUGGCUUGUACCCAAGCAUGUGUGCCUGUACAUUCGAUUUUCUGACACGCUUGUUGAGGUAUUCUGUUCUUUAUAAAAUCAGGAUUUUCUGCUUGCUCUUAGUAUGCA